AUGAAAAACGACAAAACAAUUUGGUGGCAUGAAUACAGAAAAAGGCUUUAUAGACCGAGAGCGAGGAACAUGAGCUUUGAAUUUAUUUUAAGAAGAAUUACUAAGAAGACUUUCAAGGAAUAUACUACUAACUGCUCUCUAGCUGGAGUUACUAAAAUAUUUGACCCAAAUAUAGGAUACAAGGAAAGGCUGGUCCGUAUUGCUCUGAUCUGUGUGAUGUUUGGAAGCAUAUUCUACUUUCUCCAGUACCUCUGGUUUGACAAUCUCGCUAAACCUCUUAUUGUCACCAUGGAAUCAACCACUUAUCCCAUAUCAAAUAUCGAAUUUCCCGCAAUAACUUUUUGCAACUUCAAUAGAAUUAGCAAGAAGGCGCUGCAGAAAUAUGUGAAAAAGAAUUAUAGAAAACUGGCUCCGAACAAUGAGUCUAUAGAACAAGUGGAGUGGUUCUGCAAACAGCUGGGACGACUAUUGGACUACUCAUAUAAUAAAUCCGUACAAGUCCAUCCGAUACUCUUUUCCUUCGUCAAACAUCUUGGCGAUAGUCAUAACAUCAUUAAUUUGAUGAAAGAGCUGUCACCUCCGUGUGAAGAGUUAUUGAUUCGAUGUUCUUGGUCUGGUGAUAUUAUUGACUGCAAAAAAAUAUUUUCCGUUCAUCGUACUGUUCGCGGACAUUGCUGCACUUUUAACCUAGUUCUCGGUAUGGACGCAACUAGCAGCUUCGAAAAUUCCAUUUACACGGUUAAAAGACAACACGAACCAGGACAAUUGAAUGGUCUCAACGUUGUUCUAGACACUAUGGUUGAUGACUACACAUAUACACUCUAUAAUAUGGUCGGAUAUGAGGUGCUAAUAUUCGAUCCGACCCAUUUCGCAGACCCGACUGGAGGCCGCGUCACGCAGCGCAUAGCUCAACCCGACCAGGCCGUAUUCUUCGAGAUACACUCCAUAAAACAGAUUGCAACUAAAGAAGUACGAAAAUAUCCCGAAACAGCGAGAAAAUGUCUAUUUCGCGAUGAAAGGAAGGAUCAGUUCAACGAAUUGUACUCAUAUAGCUCCUGUAUAGUAAAAUGUCGUAUUAGAACAAUACAAUCUUUGUGUAAAUGUACACCUUACUUCUUUCCAACGAGACGGAACGUUCACCCGAUUUGUACAUUAGAUGACAUCAGAUGCUUAAAUAAAUAUAGAGAAAAACUGUUAUACUUGUAUCCGAAAGACGCUGUCACUACUGAAGGUCUCGAAGCGGAAAUCCAGGAUGCUCUCGACUGUGACGAAUGCCUCCCGGACUGUGAACUGACCCAGCACUUUACUAAGCAAUCUAAGAUACCUCUUUCAUUUUUACCGAAUAAAAACAAGGAAUUCACAAAUUAUUUCUUAGAUGACAUAAAUAUGACGAGUAAAACUUUGGUUUGUAUUUAUCAAGGGACAUCUAAUAGCGUUUUAAACCGACUGGAUAUAAUUUAUUACUGGUUCGAGCUCGUCAGUAAGCAACAUUUAUCUGUAACGUCGGUGGUUUUUGCGGAAUACUCGUAG